AUGACGGACGAAGUUCGGCGGGCGCAGCGGCCACUUGGUGCAGUUCCCGAGAUGGGACGCGACAACAGCCGAACUGCAUCCUUUGCCUCACUUCUUCUCAAAAGACUAUACCACCUCCCAAUUGCGAAUAUGACAACUCUUAAAUUUGUGCGCUCGGUCUGGGAGUCCUUCCGGGCCAAUUCGGGUCUAGAGCCUCGUCUUCUGGAUAGUCUUCGUGUCACUGCUGCUCGACCUGGAACUGUCAACUUCGAGCUUGAAGUCCAAAAGCAACACACUAACCGCUUGAACAUCCUCCAUGGAGGUACUAUUGCAAGCAUGGUGGAUCUCGGUGGAUCAUUGGCUGUUGCAUCUCGUGGUUUGUUCUCAACCGGCGUGUCAACCGACUUGAAUGUAACGUACCUCAACUCCGGUGGCAAAGUCGGAGAUAAGAUCCUUGCAGAGGUGACAUGUGACAAGUUCGGAAAAACUCUUGCAUUCACAAACAUCAAGUUCACUAACGCUAAGGGUGACAUUGUUGCUCGCGGCAGCCACACUAAAUAUGUUACUUUGGCCUGGAGAGAUCCCUCAAACAUCGUGGAGGAGAUCAACAAGCUCAAAUAA